AUGGAAGACUUAAUGGCGCCCGCUCGACCAGUUCGAAGAUCAACGGGGAUCAAGGUGAUCAAGAUGAUCAAAGUUUUCGAGGAUUUUCAAGAAGGAGCAGAGAUUUUCGCGGCGUCAGAGUCAUCUACCCUGGUCAGCCGGCGCUUUGUGUCCGCGCAGUACUCUCGAAUCAUUGUCACUGCAGCGUCUCCCCCUACAGAGAUGAAAGUUGCAAUUUUCGUAAUUUUCGUGGCCGUGGAUGCUACUGAUCUGGAAAUGCUGAAGGAAUGGAAGGAUUAUGAACUGGAACAGUGCGACGGCCCUCCUUCAACUGACGACUUCUACCAAUGUUUUUCGUACUUGUGGAACUACGAGUUGGUGAACAUGGAACUUCUGCACUCUGAACCUCCUAUAAUCGCUUAUCGUGAUUUGCUGCCAAGAGAGCAUGUCAAACGGUUUCUUGCUGAUGUUGAAACAGAACAGAAAAAAUCUCAAAAGGAUCUGAAAGGUCCCCCGUAUGCCACAGAAAUUACAAUUGGACUUAGGGCAAAAGAUGGAGCACGGCGAGUGUUUGAAAGGAUAUCUCGGCUAAUUCCUUUCAUCGAUUUCAAAAACAGUGAUCCAUGGCAGGUGCUAAUUUUCAAAAGAAACGACCAUUUCGCUCCGCGCCAUGAAUAUCUGGAGACCAGUGCUGGAGAAGAGCUGGAUGCAUUCACGAAAAAGCAUGGAAACCGAUUUGCAGCAUUUUCCAUAACACUGGAAAAACCGGAAAGUGGAGGAAAACAUGUCUUUCCAAUUACAUCGAACACAUGUGAAAUGGAAGUCGGAGAUGCGCUAUUGUGGAUCAACGUGGAUGUGGAUAGAAAUAAGGAGUUUUCAAUGAUUCACGGAGACUGCCCGGUGAAGGAAGGGACGAAAAUUACAGCGACUCUUCGAAUCCGCGAAAACGGACAGUACCUUUUGAUGUCUUCAUAUCCAGGGGGAUUUUACAACUACGAUAUGAUUGUUGCUCCUAAUCUCCAAUACGCUGGAAUGUGUAUGGAAUAG